AGUUUAUUUUGUCAAAAUUCUGAAUUAGAGAAAUGGUUGUGGGCGCUUUCCCAAUAGCAAAACUCGGCAUCUUGUGUGUGAAACAUAUCAGUAAGCCGGUUAGCAACGUGAUCAAGCGCUUUGCUAAUAAGAGUAAUGCCUUUAGAAUAUAUGUAGUUGCACCGCCGGCCACUUUGUACAACACGAUUGAUGUUCGCUCCAAGAUGUGGAUGCUGGGCAUAGGACAGCCGAAGAGGGUUCCGCCCCUAACCCGAGCCAUGUCCAUUAAAAUGGGCGGUGAUAUACUGGGCGAGCUAUUCAUAUUUAUAAUUGGUGUUUCCUUCAUAUUGAACGAGUUUGCGAGGCAAGCGCGAAACGACGCGCAGAAACAUGAAAGGCACAAGAAGAAAAGGGAGGAGCUGAAUAACAAAAUUGUCGAAUUGAACGAGCGAAUUGCUCGCCAAGACAGAGAAAUUGUGCAUCUCAAAGGCAAAAUCAAAGAAAUUAGAUAUGAUCGAUAGCGUCCUUUGACUUGAACUGAGUG